UGGAAACGGUGCAGUGUGUGCAUGUGUUUGCCCUCAGCUGAUCACCAGUCUCCAGAGGGGUACAGAGAGAAACAGGAGAGAGAUUCAGGGUGGGAACUUGGAUCAUUGAGCUUCGCCUUUUCUCCUUUAGCGCAUCCGCCGUCGAUCGCAGCCUGCAGGUUGUUUUUUUAUAUAUAUAUAUAUUUAUAUACCUCCCUGUGCUCCGGAGACUGGGGAAUCCACCUGCCGGAGAGCAGACACACCUCGGGAUGGAUGCCCUGAAAUCUGCCGGCAGAGCGAUCAUCAAGAGCCCCGGAGUUCCGCGGCACACAUGGGGAACUUCAAAGCACGAAAAGCUGCCAGAGAACUGGACGGACACCAAGGAGACUCUACUGGAGGGGAUGGUGUUCAAUGUGAAGUACCUGGGUAUGACACUGGUGGGCCAGCCCAAAGGAGAGGACAUGGCCUCAGCUGCCAUUCGCAGGAUUGUUGCCACAGCCAGAGCCAGUGCUAAGAAGUUUCGUAAAGUAACACUGACGGUCUCACCGAAAGGCAUCAUCAUCACAGACACGGAGACUACAGACCUCAUAGAGAAUGUCUCCAUAUACAGAAUCUCAUACUGCACAGCAGAUAAAACUCAGGAUAAGGUCUUCGCUUAUGUCUCUCAGAGUCAGUUCAAUGAGACCCUUGAGUGCCAUGCGUUUCUCUGCCAAAAGAAAAAGAUUGCUCAGGCUGUGACAUUAACAGUAGCCCAGGCCUUUAAAGUAGCCCUAGAUCUUUGGGAGAUCGCUCAGGAAGACAAAAGCAAGAAGGCGAGGACCUGCUGUUCCUGUGCAGCAAGCAACGGGCAGACAGAGACAACAGACACUCAGUGUGUUCAAGCAGAUCCAGAGGCACAUAAGCCCGUUGGGAUGGAGGAGAAGCUCCGGAGGCCUUUCUUCUCUGCCUCGCUCAGCUCACCAUCACCUCGUAGUAACCCCACUCGAAGGCGACCAAUCAAACACGACUCUUGGGAUGUGGAGGAUGGACUCGAUGAUCCGUUCUCAAGACUGGCCGAGUCCCGCUCCGAACCCGUCUCUGACAAUGCAGCUCUGAGUCCCCAGGAGGUCUGCCAUGAGAAUCUGUUGUCUGUCUGCAACAAUGAGUUUGAAUAACACACUCUGGCAAUAGCUGCCCAACAGCACCACAAAAAUUUGUCAUACCACUCUCCCCAAGACUAACAAAAAAACACAAUACUGAACGCGCCAACUGAACAGACAGCAAAACAUAUUGCACUCCCCCAGUGCAUAACCUGAAUCAGAGAGGUUCUGUUUGAUAUUCUGCGACUGCUGCAGAGAAGCCAGAAUGAAUACCCUCAUAUUAUAAACUGCUAUUUCUGUGAAUGCCUGCCAGUCAACACACACUUCACUUCACACUUCACACACACUGUAAACAGCCAUCUCCUGCCAUAUUCAAAUUUUCACAAACCAGCCAGAUGAAAGACGACCCACACAGUGUGCAAAACAGCACUGUAAGGAGGAACCAAGAAUUACAUAUUUCUUCUCAAAGAAGAAAUUUUGUUAUAUUCUAAAAAGUGAAGCGGAUCAUAAGAUGAAUAGCAAGUUUAGAGUGAGCCUCUUCCUUUUAAUCUAAAUUUGUAAAACCACUUUCACUUGGUUUUAACUUGUAAAUUCAGAUGAAGACUACAAAAAAGAUUUACUUGGCAUCAAAAAAAUCCAGACAUUUGUGUAUAUAAAGCUGUCAUCUCUUUCUGAAAAUAUGUCUUUGAUCCUGUAGUUUGCUUGAUGAAGUAAUAGCUGCCACUCUCAGCAGUCACUGGCAGAGGUCCAGCGUUAGAAGUCCGCAGCAGAAGCUGGUGUUUCUCUUCUGACAUUAAAUGAUUUAUACAUUCAUCAUUCAGUUUGUUUUGCUGAUUGAGCCAGUUCUUUGGAGAACACAAUAUGUUAUAUAGUAGUAAGACUUACAGGCUUACAGACAUACUUUGUGUCAUAUUUUUGUUAACUGCAACAUAUAUGUGUUGUAAAAAAAAAAGUCCAGAAUCUAUGAAAAAUGAGGAAAUGUUUCUCAAAGAGCCAUACAUGUUACAUUUACAGAGUGGAGUAGAGUGUUUAAAUUUAAUUUCCAACAAGUCAUAUACAUAUUGUCAGUUUUAUGGUGAAUAAAAUCUUAACACAGGGACUACUCACUUUGUUUUCUGAAGCUUUCAACCAUAUCAUGUCAUAGCCUUCCUUGAUAAAUGAAAUCGAUCACUUAUCAUUGAGACGGUUUAGUUUUUUAUAUCCUGCAACAGGUGGCUGUAUUGUAAUAAAAAUGGGAAGAAAUAAUCAAGAUAAAUUAUCAGAUGAGUGAAUUUUGUUUAUUUAUCCACAUUAUCAUGUAACUAAAACUCCAUACAUCGGUCAUAUGAUAAAGAAAACAGCUUCAAUGACAACUGAGCAACUCUAAACUGCUAUUGAAGCCCACAAGAUGUUUCUGAAAGCUUCAGAAACAUUAACUAAGCGGACCUUGUGUUGAGAAUUUUUUGCCAAACUGCUGUUUACAAGGUUUCCUAUGAAUCUUCAUGCUCAAGCUUAGUUCGGCUUUAUAGUGUCAGAAAUUCAGUGGAUCUUUGAUCUACAGUCUCAUUACCAGGUUUAAAGUUGUCAGUAAUGAAUCAGUAAUUAAACUAUGGAUGUCUAUUAUUAGUUCUGUACAAUUUUAAAGGGGACAUACCACACUUUUUGUGAUUUUCUGUUAUUUAUAUACUGUUAUGUCA